GAAGAGAGCGCUGGCAGCAGAAUCAUGUCUGCCUCCGACUCGAGCGCUACAGGACUCAUCUGUAACAAGGGUUCAGCCGAUUCCUACACUAGUCGACCCUCGGAUUCCGACCUGUCCCUGGAGGAGGACCAGGAGGCGUCUCGGCGUGAAGCCGAGCGCCAGGCUCAGCUGCAGCUAGAAAGAGCCAAGUCCAAACCAGUAGCAUUUGCGGUGAAAACCAAUGUGAGUUACUGUGGGGCCCUUGAUGAAGAUUGUCCAGUCCAAGGUGCCGCUAUUAACUUUGAAACCAAAGACUUCCUGCACAUAAAAGAGAAAUAUAACAAUGAUUGGUGGAUCGGUCGGCUGGUGAAGGAAGGAGCAGACAUCACUUUCAUCCCAAGCCCAGUCAAACUGGAAGCCAUGAGGAUCAAACAAGAGCAGAAAGCAGCAGCAAGGAAAGGAGGGAACGCUUCAUCUGGAGGCUGGAGGUCCACCCCGCCAUCUGCAGCCAAACAGAAGCAGAAACAGACUGAGCAUGUUCCUCCAUAUGAUGUGGUCCCUUCUAUGCGGCCAGUGGUGCUGGUUGGCCCCUCGCUGAAAGGCUAUGAGGUAACAGACAUGAUGCAGAAAGCCUUGUUUGACUUCCUAAAGCACAGAUUCGAUGGCAGGAUCUCUAUUACACGGGUGACUGCUGAUCUGUCACUGGCGAAGCGCUCGGUGCUGAACAAGAAGGCCAUAAUGGAAAGAUCGAACACACGCUCCAGUCUGGCUGAGGUCCAGAGCGAGAUAGAGAGGAUCUUUGAGCUGGCCAAAUCUCUCCAGCUGGUCGUCCUGGAUGCAGACACCAUCAAUCACCCAGCGCAGCUCCUCAAAACCUCUCUGGCUCCCAUCAUCGUCUACGUCAAAGUCUCCUCGCCUAAAGUCCUUCAGAGGCUGAUCAAAUCUCGAGGGAAAUCACAAAGCAAACACCUCAACGUCCAAAUGAUGGCAGGGGACAAGCUGGCACAGUGUCCACCUGAGAUGUUUGAUGUCAUCCUGGAUGAGAAUCAGCUGGAGGAUGCAUGUGAGCAUCUUGCAGAGUACCUGGAUAUUUACUGGCGUGCCACGCAUCUCCCCUGUUCUGCCCCUGUUAACCCCUUACUGGACCAAAGCGUGAUCACCCCACCCUCAGCUAACUCCAGCCAACAGUUUUCUGAGACUCAAGAGUUGAUAGAAUGAUCACUACCACAGACAAAGGAAGCCUGUGCUGUCGGCUGGGGUCAGACUAGGAGGUCAUAGAGCACAGGGACCAGGGCGCCACCAGGGGGCAGCAGCAGCUCUCAUCUCUCCAAAAUCCAGCCACCACCUUCUCUGGCCUACACCUGAGGCGAAGAAGAGAACAAGAGCAGAGUCCCUUAAGAGAGAACGAGCAGGAGGCUGGUGAACUGGAGGAAGAGGAGACACGGAAACAUGGAGAGGAGCAGGAGGAGGAGGAGGAGGAGGAAGAUUUGAUAGAGGAGCUUCCACCUCACUGCUGCCCCCUCGGGAUGAGCUCCCUUCCCCCACCGCCACACGACAACUCAGGGCCGCUUUCUACAGCUGCACACCUACUGGUAACAAAACCCAGUACAUCAGUGCAGUCACUGCACAACACCUUCCCUCACCCCUCCUCCCACCCUGACCUUGUCCCCAACUCCCUGCUUUAACACUGAAAGUCACGUCCCCAACGCUGAG